CUCCCUCCGCCUCUGAGCCUCUGCAACAAGACCCUUUAUAAAGAGCAGACUUUCUAUCUCAUUCCUCACUGAACCUCCCUGGCUCCAGGAGCUCAAGACUCUUCCCAGCCACUUUCAGGGGGACAGAAAGAAGGGUUUGGGGACCGUUAUUUCCUCAUCACAACAGCGACUUAAAAUGCCUAGGAAGAUGGUCGUGAUCUUUGCAGCCUCAAGUACACUUUGGAUGGUGUUUGCAGCUUCUCAAGCUUUUAAAAUUGAGACGUCCCCUGCCUCCAAAAUUAUUGCUCAGCUUGGUGACUCCAUUUCAAUGACUUGCAGCACAACACACUGUGAGUCCCCAGCUUUCUCGUGGGCAGCUCUCAUGGACAGGCCGCUGAAUGGGAAGGUGAUAAACGAAGGGAACAGAUCUACGCUGGUCACGAAUCCUGUUAAUUUGGAGAAUGACUACUCUUAUUUGUGCUUCGUGACUUGUGAGUCGAAGAAACGUCGAAGAGAAUUCUCAGUGGAGAUCUAUUCUUUCCCUAAGGACCCAGAGAUUCAUUUCAGUGGCCAUCCAGAGCUUGGGAAGCCAGUCACUGUCACGUGUUUUGUCCCUGAUGUUUACCCGUCUGAUAAGCUGAGGAUAGAAUUACUGAAGGGCAACCAGUUCCUGAGUCAGAAGGAAUUUCUGGACCCUGCGGAUGUAAAGUCCCAGGAAACGAAGAGUUUGGAAGCAACUUUUACUCCUGCUGACGAGGAUAAUGGGACAGCUCUUGUUUGUCGAGCUACAUUAAACGUUUAUGAAAUUGAUUCUGAGCCUCAAGUAAGGGAGACUACGGAACAACUGCACAUCUACGUCUCGCCCAAGGACACGGUUAUAUCUGUGAGUCCCUCCACAAGACUGCAAGAAGGUGACUCCGUGACGAUGACAUGCUCCAGUAGAGGUCUACCAGCGCCACAGAUUUUCUGGAGAAAGAAAUUAGACAAUGGGGAUCUACAGCUCCUUUCUGAGAAUGCAACGCUCACUUUAAUUGCUAUGAGGAUGGAAGAUUCUGGAACUUAUGUGUGUGAAGGAGUUAAUAAGGUUGGGCAAGACAGAGAAGAGGUGACAUUAAUUGUUCAAGAGAAAAUGUUUACUGUAGAGAUCUCUCCUGGACCCUGGGUCGCUGCUCAGAUUGGUGACUUGGUCGUGUUGACAUGUAUUGUCACGGGCUGUGAGUCCCCAUCUUUCUCUUGGAGAACCCAGCUAGACAGCCCCCUGAGCGGGAAUGUGAACACCGAGGGAUCCAGAUCCACGCUGACCCUGAGCCCUGUGAGUCUUGAGCACGAACAUUCUUACCAGUGUGCCGUGACAUGUGGGCAUGAUAAGGAACUGGAAAGGAAAACCCAAGUGAAACUCUACUUAUUCCCUAGAAACCUAGAAAUUGAGAUGAGUGGUCUGUUCGUGAGUGGAAAGCCCGUCACUGUAAGAUGCCAAGUUCCUGAUGUAUAUUCUUUUGAUCGACUGGAAAUUGAAUUGCUUAAGGGGGAGAGUAUUAUGAAGAAUAAGACCUUUCUGAGAGAUGUAGAUACAAAAUCCCUAGAGACGAAGAGUUUGGAAAUGACCUUCAUCCCCACCACUGAAGAUACUGGAAAAGUUCUUGUUUGUCAGGCUAAGUUAUCUAUUGAUGAAAUGGAAUUCGAACUCAAACAAAAGCAGAAUACACAGACACUUUAUGUUAAUGUUGCUCCCCAGGUUACAGCCAUCUUGGUCAGCCCCUCCUCCGUCCUGGAGGAAGGCGGUUCUGUGAACAUGACAUGCUCUAGCGAUGGACUUCCAGCUCCAAAAACCCUGUGGAGCAAGCAGCUAAAUAAUGGGGAUCUCCAGCCUCUUUCUGAGAAUACAACUCUCACCUUAACGUCCACAAAAAUGGAAGAUUCUGGUAUUUAUGUGUGUGAAGGAAUUAACCAGGCUGGAAUAAGCAGAAAAGAAGUUGAAUUAAUUAUCCAAGUUGCUCCAAAAGAUAUACAACUUACAGCUUUUCCUUCUGAGAGUGUCAGAGAAGGAGACACGGUCAUUAUCUCUUGUACGUGUGGAAAUGCUCCCCAGACUUUGAUAAUCCUGAAGAAAAAAGCAGAGACGGGUGACACACUGCUGAAGUCUACAGAUGGCGCAUAUACCAUUCACAAGGCCCAGUUACAGGAUGCGGGAGUAUAUGAGUGUGAAUCUAAAAAUGAAGUUGGCUUUCAGUUAAGAAGUAUAACGCUUAAUGUUAAAGAAAGAGAAAGUAGCAAGGACUAUUUUUCUCCGGAACUUCUCGUGCUCUAUUGUGCAUCCUCCUUAGUAAUACCUGCCACUGGAAUGAUUAUUUACUUUGCCAGAAGAGCAAACAUGAGAGGGUCAUACAGCCUUGUAUAAGCACAGAAAUCAAAAGUGUAGCUAACAUUUGAAAUGUUCAACCAGAGACACUAGCCAUCAAAUCAAAUCCUCAAGGCUGCUCAUCAUUCCACAAGGAACAUAACAAACUGGGAGUCCAGACGUCUUUGAAUGUAGUGAACUCUUGGAAAGAAAUGGUUGCCUGUGCCCCUUGCUGUGAGCAAGAAGCCAAAGGAAAGUUUCUGCCUAAAAAAAUAAACGCUACCAUUGAGAUGUGAUGACUGGAGUAGUUUCUUGAUGUGUAUAUAUGAUAACAUGAUUUGUAUAUAUGUAAAAUAAAAUUAUCCCAUAGCAACAUUGCUUGGAGUAUCAGCACUCUGUACUCACAUUUCUAAAAUUAUUAGAGUGUUGCUUGGAAUGAUUGUUAUAACUUAAUGCAUCUUAAUAUUGACUGGCAGCUGAACUAUGUCAUCUUUUUAAUAUUUUAUUUCCUUUAACAAAAUUUCUUUCCUAUAACGUUCAUGGACAACAAUGUUUUGUAAAGAUGCCAAAUGAUAAACCAAGAGGGCACUGGGUUGACUUUCAGGUACUAAACGCUUCAGCCUAUGGUGUAAUGGUUGAUUGGAUUUCUCUGGAUGGUACUGACAUGGUACGGAGAUGUUUUAUCAUGUUCUUUGUUCAUCAGACUCUUGUGUAACUUUCCCAAUAUGGUCUAAAAAUGCAACUUCUUUUGAUUUCCUUUGUAAAUGCUUAAGAUUUUUUUUGUAUAGUAAAAUGAUAAUUUCUGGAAUUAAAA